GAGUUGAUAUUCUCCAACAAGUGAAGGCGAAAACCGUAAUCUUACCUCCGAUCUAGAGAGAGAAACACGCAUAGAGAAUAAGAGGGAGUUUCUUUCUAUUGUUUUAACUUUAGAGAGAGAAAUUGUGUAUGAAUAGGACUCGUGGAGGGUCGCCCUGUGCGAUGCGUGGAAGCCAGGUGACAGAGAAGAAGAAUGGCUGUACCUAGAUCGUUUCCUUCUUCAAACAUGGCGACGAAGAAUCAUAACGCCUCCCAAACCCUAGCUUGCUCCAUCUCAUUCUGAAACUCAAACCACCUCGUCUUCCAGAGAUGGCGGAGGUGACGAAAGUACUGUACAUAGUUGUGGUGGACGAAGAAGAAAAGAGGGAGAAAGGGAAAGAGUCGUUUCGUUAUACGCGUCCCGUUCUGCAAAGUACUCUUCAACUCAUGGGUUGCAAAGCUCGGCAUGCAUUUAAGAUUAGCCAAAGAGUUUUUGAGUUGAUAAGAAUUCUAGAAGGGCAAGAGAAGGCAGGUUCCAAUGCCUCAUUUGACCAGGCCGAGAAGGGAAAUGCUUUUCUUAGAGACAGUUGCUUGGAGAAAACAGAGGUUGUCAAGCAAUUAGUUUCUGGGAAAGAUGAUAAAAGUAAGAGUGUACCAUUCGAAUUGUACAAAAGACGCACAACUAUUGUUGUAAUGAGAGAAACCUUUCUAAAUGUUGUUUGCAAUGCCUUGGCUGAGUACAAGUAUGUUGGUCCCAACCAGAGGGCAGACCUAGUAUUGGCAUGCAGAAUUCGAGAAAGGAAGGAAUCUAUAACUGUCUUGUUAUGUGGCACUAGCGGCUGUGGCAAAUCUACUUUGUCUGCCUUGCUGGGUAGCAGGUUAGGAAUUACAACAGUGAUAUCUACCGACUCAAUUCGGCAUAUGAUGAGAAGCUUUGUAGACGAGAAGCAAAAUCCUCUACUAUGGGCUUCAACCUACCAUGCAGGGGAGUUCUUGGAUCCUGUGGCAGUUGCAGAAGCAAAGGCCAAGAGGAAAGCCAGAAAGUUAGCUGGUACGACACAUUCACUUUCUAAAGAGGAAGCAGCUAAUAGCUCUACUACUGGGAUAUCUGACACUCAUAAAUUGGAGGUUGGCUCUGGUACUACUGAUUUGCUCAGUCCAAAGCAGAUGGCUGUUGAAGGCUUCAAGGCUCAAAGUGAGAUGGUAAUUGACAGUCUUGAUCGCUUGAUUACAGCUUGGGAAGAGAGGAAAGAAUCUGUGGUCGUUGAGGGUGUCCACUUGAGCCUUAAUUUUGUGAUGGGACUGAUGAAGAAACAUCCCUCAAUCGUUCCAUUCAUGAUAUACAUCACAAAUGAAGAUAAACACAUGGAACGGUUUGCAGUUCGUGCAAAGUAUAUGACUUUGGACCCAGCCAAGAACAAAUAUGUAAAGUAUAUACGCAACAUUAGAACGAUUCAGGAAUACCUCUGCAAGCGGGCUGAUAAGCAUCUUGUACCCAAAAUAAACAAUACCAAUGUUGAUAAGAGUGUAGCAGCUAUCCAUGCAACAGUAUUUAGUUGUCUUCGUAGGCGUGAGGCUGGUGAACAACUCUAUGACCCCACGACAAACACAGUUUCUAUGGUAGAUGAGGAAUAUAGAAACCAAUGUGCAGCAAAUUCCUUGAGUUCUAAGGGAAUGUUUCAGCUGAUUCAAAGGAAAGGUUCAUCGAGGCAUCUUAUGACUCUUGUUAAUAUUGAUGGUACAGUGGCAAGGACUUGGCCUAUUGAAGCAGUUGAUGGUAAUGGAAAGCCUUUGCUGGGCAAUGUAGAUCAGACUGGCAAGGGAGAACCAGUUAAUCUUCAAUUUGGGCUUUACGGAAUUACUGCUUGGCCCAGUGAUGGUGGCACUAGUCAUGCUGGAAGUAUUGAUGAGUCAAGGGCUGAUGGAACUGAAACUGGUAGUAGAUAUUAUUCUUCUUGCUGCAGCUCACCAAGGAUGUCUGAUGGACCUUCCAAGGAGCUCAAGGAGGAGAAUUCAGUGAAUGGCAGUGAUGAAGAGGUUGAUGACCAACCUGAGGCUGGCAGCGAUGAUGAUUUCAGUGAUGACGGUGACAAACUUGUUGAUGAAGAGGUAGGCUCAGUUGAUGAGGAGUCAACAAAAUCAGAUGAAGAGUAUGAUGACCUGGCAAUGCAGGAUAUGUUGGAAAAUGGGUACUGGUCAGAAGAUGAAGAAGAAGCCAAGGAUAAGAUUGUUGUGCAUGUUUCAGGGGAUCCAUUGCUGCGGAGGCAACAAAGGGAUAGUCGAAACAUGGAUCAAUUUCAAAGAACUAGAAGUGAUCCCUUGUCUGAACCACUGUGUUCGUACUCGUCUCUGCUCAGGCAGAGAAAUGAAUCGAGAAUGUCAUCUUCUGCCAGCGGUAAAACUAGAAAGCGGUCCCUUAGCAUUCCAGCUCUUGGAAAGCAUGGUUCAGUCAUAAGUGGAGCUUUGCUUACUGGAGCUCCUCAGGAGUCGGGACUAGCCUAGCAAUUUUGGUGUAGAAUGUGUUUUCCCCUUCGUUCUAAAAAUAAAAGUGUUUGGGGGUGGCCAUUUGGUUUGUAAAAUCGUUCAGAAUGCUUGUGUAAUCGUGAUGGCUUAUAGAAAUGCAAAUGUUCAUUUUGGUUU